AUGGUGUGGCAGCGGCACGGAGGGGGCUUGGUGUCGGAGCAGCCGAUGGUGGUGCGCACGGAGGCGCUGAGCGGGGUGCAGCUGUUGGGCGGCGGCGCCGUCUUUGCGCACCGGCUGCAGGCGCCGGCGCACGCGCCGCCCUCGCGGCCCGGGUUGGGGCAGCUGGCCGAGGCCGAGGUGGCGGAGAUGCGGCGGCUGAGGGCCGAAGACCCCUCGCGCUGGACGCAGCGGCGGCUCGCCGAGCGAUUCGGGGUCAACGCGCUCCUGGUGGCUCGCCUGGCGCCGGCUCCGGCGGAGCGUUUCGCGCAGCUCGAGGAGGAGGAGCAGCUGCGGGAGCUUCGCCGCGUGUUUGGCGACCGGGGCGGAGCCAGCGCCCGGCCGGCGCACAAGUCCUACUCGGAGAGCGACCAGCAGCGGAUCAACCGGGCCAAGUUCCAGCAGCAGGUGGCCGAGCAGGGAGGCCUCAAGGCCACGCUCAAGCAACACAACGCCGUGCCCAAGCGCCGUCGCCAGGGCGUGCGGCCGCCCUUCAUGCAGGUGGCCGACCAGGAGGUCGUCGUCGACACGGCCGAGUUCCAGCCCGGCGUCGUGGGUCCCGAGGUGGACUUUGCCAAGGCCACCCGUCCCCUCACCGUCCGCUCCCCCACGCCCGACGAGGCCGCCGCCAUCCGCCGCCACCUCGCCGAGACCGCCGCCAAGGCCCCUCUCGACCCCGCCGCCGCCAAGGCCGCCGCCGACGAGUUCGAGCGCGACCUGCAGGCCGUCCGAAGCGAGGCCAAGGCACAGGGCAUCCAACGCAAGUACCGCCGCAAGUGA